UCAAUUUCAGCAAAGUGAUUAGCCAUGGAUAGACGUACAGACAACAAUUCUGGUUCUGGAGUCAAUCUUCCAGGUGCAAGCAGUCGCAUUCGUGCUCCAGUGAUCUUGGCAACCAAUGAUAUAAGGUUCACUGAAGACUUUGAUGUGGAACUGUUCCAGCAUGGACCAAUCCUACACCAUGUUCAAGUAUCCGACGUGCUUCACGAUGGAAAAGAGUUUGUGGAUAGACCAGCCCUUUUCUCACCGUAUACAAUUCAAUCCCGUUGGAACAAACUAGUCGAAAGUAAAGGAAUUCCUUCCAAUGAAGAGAUAAAAGCGUUUGUUGAGGAGAAUUUUGGUGACUCCGGUUGGGAGCUUGUGCCUGUAAAUUCCAACGAUCUGGAUACUGACCCUUCGUAUAUUGAUACUCUACAAAAUGAAGAGUUGAUCAGACUUGCCAAAGAAAUCCAGGAGCUCUGGUUCGAUCUCGGAAAGCAGGUUAGACCUCAAGUGAAAAGUCUUGGAAAACGGACUUCUCUUCUCUAUGUUCCAAACAUGUUUGUUAUUCCUGGUGGAAGAUUCAAGGAGGUUUACUAUUGGGACACAUAUUGGAUUGUCAAAGCCCUUCUCAGGUCUAACGACAUCCCAACUGCAAGAGGCAUCAUUGAAAACUAUUUCUAUCUGAUCAAGCAUCACGGAUUCAUUCCUAACGGAACCAGGUCCUACUACCUGGACCGAAGCCAGCCCCCUCUCCUAAUAUUCAUGGUGAAGGACUACAUCGACUUCUCCGGAGAUAAGACCAUCCUGGAGGACAUAGAUUUCCUGAUCGAAGAGAUGAAAUGGUUCGAGAAGAAUAGAAGUGUAGAAGUGAUCCACCCAUCAGGAACCUAUUACAUGUUUAGAUAUGAUACCAACGGAUACGGACCAAGACCUGAAUCCUACAAGGAGGAUCUUGAAAUCAUUGAACACGCAGGGUUAGACACUGAGAAGGAGAAGGAUGAACUCUUCAAACAUAUUCGAGCAGGAGCAGAGAGUGGAUGGGAUUUUAGUUGCAGAUGGAUUAUUGAUCCCGAGGGAGGGUGUAAUGGAGGGUUGGAGAACAUUAGAACCAGGUUUAUCAUCCCUGUAGAUCUUAACUCUAUCAUGUACAAGAACUAUACAGUCCUCUCCAACCUUCUCUCAAUACUGGACAGAGACCUUGAGAGUGACGUUCACUUGCACAAGGCGAACACUCUGAGAGAAGCAGUAAUGCAGGUCAACUUCAAUACUGAAACCAAGACCUGGAGAGACUACGAUAUUCUCAAUAAUAAACAACGUGAUUUCUUCUUUGCGAGCAACAUCUGCCCUCUUUGGACCAACUGCUACCCAGAGGAUAGAACAGUUGAGUUAGGAGAUGCUGCUGCUAAAUAUUUGGAGGAUGUCGGAGCAGUUUGUCCUGGAGGUCUUAUAACCUCUUUAAAUAAAAGUGGACUCCAGUGGGAUGCCCCUAAUGUUUGGCCUCCGAUGCAGGAAAUGGCAGUUACAGGAUUAAGAAAUACUGGUGGGUUGGAAGCUUCCAGGGUAGCGUACAAUAUAGCCAGCAACUUUACUAUCAAUGCUCUGGGUGCAUGUACUGACGACCUGUGUACACUGUAUGAGAAGUAUGAUGCUAUGGGAGCUGGAACUAGUGGUGGAGGAGGAGAAUAUGAAGUACAAACUGGGUUUGGUUGGACCAAUGGUGUACUGGUUGAGUUCAUGAUUCUGUACGGAGAUCAAAUUCUACCCAGCAAUUAUGAAACUAAACUCAACCUGGAGAAAGUUCGAGCUCCUGGUUUCAACUGUAUCAAGUAUUCAGGUUUACCUCCUGUAAACCAGGAGAAGAUAAACAGAACCUUGUCCAGUCUAAAUAUCAAGUAGAUCACAGCCAUUUCCAUUCAUCUAGUUUUAAUAUUUUUACAUCAAUGUUUUAGUUAAAUAAUUGUUUUAUGUGCUAUCUUCAUAAAUUGAGAAUACAGAUUUUAUUUAAACUAU